AUCGCGCGCCUCUAAACUGCAGUGAGGGAAAGCUCGCUCUUAAAGAGACCGAAGACUGGGUUCUGUUCUGUGACUGUAUGUAUGUACUACAUACAUCGUGAAGUACCGUUCGUUAUUUGGUGUCGUCUACAAAUGCACAGUAAUUAAAAGAUGGAGAAAAUCGCAGUGAAUAACCUGGUCGUGGUGCUGCGCGGGUUGCUCAAGACGGAAAGAGUCUUCCUGAUUAAGAAAAUGACUUCACAGAUAAAGAAGCUCCAAGAUUCUAAAGGCCCGGACGCUGAAAAAAGAAUUCAGAAGGCUGCACGUUGGAAAGACCAAGUUAAUUACCUAAAGAAAGUUGAUCUCACCACCGUUGCACGUCAAGCAUUAGCUGCUGAAGAGCCAUGGAAGAAUGUGCUUGUUCGGGCUGACUCCACUCCGGAAGAACGUGCCUUGGCACGUCUGGCAGACCGCCCAAAAGUGCAGAAAGUCAUUGAGGAGUUCAGGAGUGCUAACGCUGAUUGGAAAGAGUGGCUGCCAAAGGUCUAUGAUGCCUGGGAGAAACGCAAGAAAAAGCGUUUUGCUGUUUCUGGUGAACUAGAAACACCACCUGUGAAUGAAACUAAAGAAGUGUGUGAGAACGACUUUCUGCCUGAUGGCGGGAAUAAUGCCAAAAUGCCGACGAAGAGUAAAGCAGCAUUUAAAGGCAUCAGGGUUAUCUCUUCGGGUGCCUCAAAGCCUGAAGUAAAAAAGACAGCCUUGCAGAAAGCUGGCGAGAAGACGGCCAAAGAAACAUCCAUCACACAAUCUACAGGUGUUCCAGUUCAGAGCCCCGAUAGAGUGCAGAAGCUUUUCAUUAAGAUGGCUGCAGAGGAGGAGCCUGACAAAGAAUUGCCACCAAGAAAGUUUGCAGCUGGUGACCCAUUCUUCUGGCCAGCCGGAAAGACUGGCAGUGACGACGAAGAAGGCGAUGCAUGGAGACCACGGAGGCCACCCUUGAACCCCGGCAAGAAGCAAAGCCUGCCUCCUCCUCAGAGAAGCUUUGGAGAGACUGCUGGUAAGCACCAGCACAGCACAGCAUUCAGCCGUCCUUCUGCCAAAAGUGGACCUCCACAGGCCUUAAGGAAAGCCCCUCCGUCAACUGGCAACCAGCCCAGCUUAGAAAGCUCGGACCUGCAUCCAUCCUGGGCAGCCAAGCGACAAGCCCAGAAGGCAGUGGUACCGUUUCAAGGGAAGAAAAUCACCUUCAGCUGAAAUUAUAGUAAAAUUCAUU